AUGAGUGAAAUCAAGUUACAUACCACAUUGGAUUCAUAUCCAAAAGAUCAUAUUGACAAAGGUACUGAACCGUACAUCACUCCAAAUUUCAUUAAUAAUAAGUUCACCAAAUCAACAACUUCAGAGUGGAUUGAUUUACACGAUCCAGCAACUGAUCAAAUCAUUUCAAAAGUUCCACAAUCAACAGAUCAAGAAUUAAAUGAAGCUAUUGAAUCUGCAAAUACAACUUUCAAAACAUGGAAACAUACAUCAAUUAUUAAAAGACAACAAUUAGUUUUCAAAUUUGUUGAAUUAUUGAAGAAAAAUCAUGAUCGUUUAGCCGCUGUUAUUGUUGCUGAACAAGGUAAGAAUUUUGAUGAUGCUAAAGGUGAUGUUUUAAGAGGUUUACAAGUUGCAGAAUAUGCCACCAGUGUUACUACUGAAUUACAAGGUGUUCAAUUGGAAGUUGCUACUGAUUUGGAAACUUUGAUGAUUAGAGAACCUUUAGGUGUUAUUGGUGCAAUUUGUCCAUUCAAUUUCCCUGCAAUGAUUCCAUUAUGGACAAUUCCAAUGGUUAUUGCUACAGGUAAUACAGCGGUUAUUAAACCUUCAGAAAGAGAUCCAGGCGCAUGUUUAAUCUUUGCAGAAUUACUUAUUGAAGCUGGUGUUCCAUCAGGUGUUAUUAAUAUAAUUCAUGGUAAAGUUCCAACUGUUAAUAAACUUUUAGAUCAUCCUGAUAUUAAAGCUAUUCAAUUUGUUGGUUCUUCUAAAGCCGGUGAUUAUAUUUAUACAAAAGGUACAUCGAAUAAAAAACGUGUUCAAGCAAAUUUAGCUGCUAAAAACCAUGUUGUUGUUGUUCCAGAUGCUAAUAAAGCACAAUUUGUUAAUUCUAUAACUGGUGCUUUUGCAGGUGCUGCAGGUCAGCGUUGUAUGGCUGCAAGUGUUUUAGUUACUGUUGGUUCAACAAAAGAAUGGAUUCCAGAUGUUAUUGAAGCUGCUAAAAAUUUAAAUGUUGGUUCAGGUUUUGAUAAAAAAUCUGAUUUAGGUCCAAUGAUUUCAAAACAAGCUUUACAAAGAGCACAUGAUAUUAUUGAAGAAGGUGUUAAAACUGGUGCAAAUUUAGUAUUAGAUGGUCGUGAUAUUAAAGUUGAUGGAUUCCCAAAUGGUUAUUUCCUUGGACCAACAAUCUUAACAAAUGUUACAAGAGAUAAUAUUGCUUAUAAAGAAGAGAUCUUUGCUCCAGUUUUAAGUAUUUUAAGUGUUGAUACAUUAGAUGAAGCUAUUGAAAUUGUUAAUUCAAAUCCUUAUGGUAAUGGUGUUGCAUUAUUUACAACUUCAGGAAUUCAAGCUAAGAAAUUCACCAAAGAGAUUGAUCCAGGUCAAGUUGGUAUUAAUGUUCCAAUUCCAGUUCCAUUACCAAUGUUUUCAUUCACUGGUAAUAAAGGAUCAUUUAAUGGUGAUUUGAAUUUCUAUGGUAAAGCUGGUUUCACAUUCUUGACUCAAGCUAAGACUAUAACUAGUCUUUGGAAGACAAGUUUGAUUGAAGAUUCCAAACCAUCAACUUCAAUGCCAACACACAACUGA